CAUUUGACCGGAAACCGGAAGUAGAUGAAUGAACCAAGGUCGGUGUGUAACUUGUUACAUCCCAAAUCAACGAGUGCAAAUUCAGAGGUAUCUCUGGGAUUUAAACUGAAGGGGUAACUAACUUUCACACCGUUUUUUAUUUUUAACUUGCUUCCCCAUAUGACUACAAAAUGAGACGGCCUGCCUUCUGCCUCCUACGCCACUUCGCCUUUCCCUCACUUUCAGUCCACAAGGUCACCAGGACCUGCUACCCUCAUCCAGGGGUCCUCCCAGCUCCCCUGCUGUGUUACAAGAGCAGCAUCCCGGGUCACAGCUGUCCCCACAGGAGGACCGUGAGCAGCACCGCUGACAGACACUACACACAGGAGCUGAGCGGGCCGGAGCAAAGGCUGCUGAACAGACUCUUUGAUGGGCUGGUCUCAGGGCAGCGGGCGUCUCUAGCAGAGUCCAUCACUUUGGUGGAGACCCAGCAUUCCAGGAAGAAGGAGCUGGCUCAGGUGCUGCUGCAGAGGGUGCUGGCGUACAGCCGGACGCAGGAGAGCUGCAACGGAGGCAGGCCAGUGGCUUUCAGAGUAGGGCUUUCUGGUCCCCCUGGUGCUGGGAAGUCAUCCUUCAUUGAGGUAGUGGGGAAAAUGUUAACGGGGCGUGGUCACAAAGUGGCUGUCCUGGCUGUUGACCCGUCCUCAUGCACCACAGGAGGCUCCCUGCUGGGCGAUAAAACUCGCAUGACUGAGCUUUCUCGAGACAUGAAUGCUUUUAUCAGACCGUCGCCGACCUCAGGGACGCUCGGCGGUGUCACCAGAACCACUAAUGAGGCCAUUGUUCUCUGUGAGGGGGCGGGCUACGACGUGAUCCUCGUGGAGACCGUAGGUGUCGGACAGUCUGAAUUUGCUGUAGCCGACAUGGUGGACAUGUUUGUGCUUCUGAUUCCACCAGCAGGGGGCGAUGAACUCCAGGGCAUCAAGAGGGGCAUCAUUGAGAGGGCAGACCUGGUUGUGGUGACAAAGUCAGAUGGUGACCUUGUGGUGCCGGCCAGAAGAAUCCAGACGGAUUACACCAGCGCGCUGAAGCUGCUGAGGAGAAGGACUAAAUCCUGGAACACUAAGGUGGUGCACGCCUCCUCCUACACCUCUGAGGGCAUCCCAGAAGUCUGGGCCAAGAUGGAGUCCUACAGGCACGCCAUGCUGAGCAGCGGCGAGCUGCAGGACAGACGGAGGGCCCAGCAAAAGGUGUGGAUGUGGACUUUGAUCCAGGAGAACGUCCUCUGUCAUUUCCAAAAUCACCCAAAAGUCAAGGAGGCUCUACCUGACCUGGAGGAGAAGGUCACCAGAGGAGUCGUCUCUCCUGGACUGGCUGCUGACCUGCUCCUUAAAGCCUUCUCUGCACAGUGAGCAGCAGGCCGGAACGCCGUGGGAUGCAAGCAGGUUUUGCUGCUGGUCCCAAGUUACAGAGUGAACAUGUGCGACCCACACAAAAGAAAGCCUUUACCUCAUGCUGUGUGACAAGACCUCCCCUUUGUACGGUGGCCCUGAAGUGCAAAUCACUCAACGCAAAAACACGUUAAAGCUCACAAUGACAAUUAGAAAAGCAAAACGGAGAAUAAAAAAAAGUAACAUUACAUUUGAUAAAUGAAAACAUAAAAAAAAUGUUUUGUAAAACAAAAGGAAUUUCCAGAAAUCUAAAUAAAAUCUUAAAAAAUGAAACCAAAUAAGAAACUGGAAGAGGUAGGUGCCAUGGAACAUUGCUGAUCGGAUGACGACGUUUGAGUUUGGAAAAAAAGGUAAAGCAGCAUUGGAUAAUCGCUGAACUUCUGCAGUGGGUGUGGCCAGAAGCUGAAAGAAAUACUGUCUGGGAGAUAUGGCUGUGCCAAAUAACGUCAUCAUCCAAUCUGUGAUUUCCCAUAAUAGCUCCCUUUUCCCGUUUCCUUUUUUUGUUUCUUCUUUCUUUGCAUUUCAUUUUCAUUUCUUGAAAUUACUUUAAUUUUCCUUUUUGUUUCUUUAAUUUUUUUUUAAAUGGAAUGAAGUUUUUAUUUUGUUAAUAUUUUCUAAAUGUCGUGCUUUUUUUAUUUGUUUUUUUUUUUUUAAUUGUCAUUGUGAUCUUUCAUGUGUUUUUGCAUUGAGGGAUUUAUUGACAUGAUUUGGGCUUUCAGGGCCACCGUAAGUUUGAGCUCAAGAACCACAGCACCUAGAACUGCUUUCAUGAGAAAGUUUGUCAAAGGUCAUCUUUCAGUAUUUUGAUUCUCUUUGGAAACAUUCUUUGAUUAUAAGAAAAGAUUUAAAAGAACAAACUGUGAGCAGCUCACACUGACCUCAUCAAUUAUUGUAAUUCAAGAGAAUUACGGCAAUCUUUUCAACUUUUUCUGACAAAAAAAGAUUUUAUUGAGAGAUUUCAUUUGAUGAAGCUGUUUCUGCCUUGAAUUACAUUAAAGUGUGAUGUGGAUCUUGAAUUGAUUGUAGAAUAAUGUCAAAUCCAUCAAUAUAUGCAGCAUUUUCUCUGUUUGCUCAUGAAAUUAAAAAAGUGGAGAUUUUACGGUUGUUAACUCUGCCGGCAGACAAUCCUAGCUGUUUGUUAGAUCUUUAGUAUUAUUGAUCUUUUUUUUUUUUGUUCUGGUUUGAAACUGCUCCUUGCACCAAACAAAGGAACACUAAACUAUUAUAACUGAAUUUUAUUGAAAUCUAUGUUCAAAAAUUAAAAAUCUUUUUAUAAAAUCUC